AUGGAUACCUCGAUCCAUUUUGCAGAUGCAGACGUGCAUCCAGUUCGGUCGCAGUCCGUGGGUGGUGUGUAUCCUAUGCGCUCACGCACGAAAUCGCAUGUGAAUAGGUCUUCUGUAGAUGCUAAGAUUAGCGAACUGGAAGACGCGGAAGACGAGGAUGCUGGCCUGCGUGAUGAGCGCGAUUUUAAACGCAGCCAGGUCUUCAGUCUCACACAGAUCCUCGUCCUCGCAUACCAAUCCACCGGUGUCAUCUACGGCGACAUUGGAACAUCUCCACUUUAUGUUUACUCCUCGACGUUUACUGAGGCUCCCACUCGGAUCAAUCUACUUGGGGCUUUGUCGCUCAUACUAUGGUCUGUCACCUUGAUGGUUACCGUCAAAUACGUCUUGAUUAUCCUACGCGCCGACAACGAUGGAGAGGGCGGUACCUUCAGCACAUACUCUCUUCUUUCCAAAUAUGCGAACAUUGCCAAUCGAGAUCCUCGCGAAGCUACCCUGAUACGCAUGGAGAGACACAAUACGAUCGACCUGGGUCGGUCCACAAGAAAUAUUCGCUCAACGAUCGAGAAGUCCAAGUUCUUUCGCGGCUUACUGCAGAUCAUUGGUGUACUUGCCGUGUCGAUGGUCAUGGCUGAUGGCGUGUUAACUCCCGCUCAAUCCGUCUUGGGUGCUGUACAAGGCCUCAACGUCGUAAAGCCCGACAUCGAGAAAUCAACCAUCAUCGGUGUCACUUGCGCUAUUCUUGUUCUACUGUUCGUGGUGCAACCACUCGGCAUCACAAGAUUGACGUUCAUCUUCUCGCCCAUUGUCAUUAUCUGGUUAGCUCUUAACGCUGGGUUCGGCAUAUACAACCUGGCCAAGUACGACUAUGCAAUCCUGAAAGCUUUCAACCCUUUCUAUGCGUUUGACUACCUGGUAAGGAACAAGUAUGAAGGCUGGAGGAGUCUCGGCGGUAUAUUGCUCGCCUUUACAGGUGUCGAGGCUUUGUUUGCAGAUAUCGGAGCUUUUAGUCGCCGUGCUGUUCAAAUCAGUUGGCUCGGAUACGCCUACCCAUGCCUUCUGCUGGCCUAUAGUGGCCAAGCUGCCUACAUCAGCGUACACCCAGACGCUUACUCCAAUCCUUUCUACAACUGCGCGCCGCCAGGAUGGCUCAUCUUCUCGCUCAUUGUAGCCAUCGCUGCUGCUAUCGUCGCGUCCCAAGCCAUGAUUACCGCGACGUUCCAGCUCCUUACCCAGAUCAUGAAGCUUUCGUACUUCCCGCAGAUCAAGGUCGUUCAUACUUCGACAACGUACCACGGACAGCUGUAUAUUCCCAGCAUCAACUGGCUACUCAUGAUUGGAACUGUACUUGUUGCUGCUAUCUACAACAACACAACGUCCUUGGGUAAUGCUUACGGUGUAUGCGUCAUGUUCGUUACGUUUUUCGACACAUGUAUGGUUACACUCGUCGCGAUCUUAGUGUGGCGCAUCAAGCCAUACUUUGUACUUCUUCCGUGGCUCACCAUCGCUUGUCUGGAUGGCGCCUACCUGUCUUCAGCACUAACCAAAGUACCAGACGGCGCCUGGUUCACCAUUCUUCUCUCCUGCCUCCUCGGAUCCAUAUUCAUUCUUUGGCGUUUUGGCAAAGAGCAACAAUGGGGUGCUGAAGCUAGCGAUCGCUUCCCAACGACACACUUCGUCAAGACACUACCGGAUGGCCGUAUGGAACUGACCGAGAUGUUCGGCAGCAAGUCUGUUGGUACCAUGGAGGGUUUUGGUAUCUUCUUCGACAAAGCUGGCGAGACGACCCCUAUUGUCUUCAGUCAGUUCAUUCGAAAGCUAGUCACAAUCCCUGAAGUUAUCGUGUUCUUCCAUCUUCGGCCGCUAGAGGUACCUUUCGUUGCCCCGGAUAAUCGAUACAGCGUUUCCCGACUAGCUAUUCCCAACUGCUACCGCUUAGUAGUGCGCCAUGGGUACAUGGACGAAGUCAUUACACCGGACUUAGCCUCCCUCAUCUAUGAGAAAGUCCGCAACCAUAUUGUCGCACGAGCCCUUGAACGCGAGGGUGAGAUAUCUACAAAGACCACAGGCGUUCAGACAGAAAAGAACACUGCUACUGAGACUGUCGCUGGAAGUGGAAUGUCUACUCCAACACGCAGCUCGACGACUUCGGCGCGCCUGGAAGCGCUUGAACGCGCAUACAACCACGAGGUGCUGUACAUCAUCGGUAAAGAGGCGAUGAAGGUCAAGAUCGGCACAAACAUCAUCCGAAGGUUCUUCCUGAAGGCUUUCUUGUUCAUUCGUGAGAACUCGAGGGCGAAGAUUGCGAGUUUAAGUGUUCCAAUGGAUAAAGUUAUCGAGGUUGGUUUUGUGAAGGAUGUGUAA